AUGUCCACCAGCGACUUCUACUUGAGGUAUUACGUCGGCCACAAAGGCAAAUUCGGACACGAGUUCCUGGAGUUUGAGUUCAGGCCCGAUGGCAAACUGCGCUACGCCAACAACAGCAACUACAAGAAUGACGUCAUGAUCAGAAAGGAGGCGUACGUCCACAAAAGCGUGAUGGAGGAGCUGAAGAGGAUCAUCGACGACAGCGAGAUCACCAAAGAGGACGACGCGCUGUGGCCGCCGCCCGACCGCGUGGGAAGACAGGAGCUGGAAAUCGUCAUCGGGGACGAGCACAUUUCUUUCACCACCUCCAAAAUCGGCUCCUUGAUCGACGUCAACCAGUCCAAGGAUCCCGAAGGUUUACGCGUCUUUUACUACCUGGUGCAGGACCUGAAGUGUCUGGUCUUCAGCCUGAUCGGACUUCACUUCAAGAUCAAGCCCAUCUAA